CAUAGCGAAGAUCAUGGUGUCAUAUUUAAAAAUAACAAUUUGUGGCUGUUCAUCGAUUACAACGAAGCAAGCUUGGCAAGUGGCGAAUCGAUGGUUGAACACAAAUCCAAAUUCAAUGAAUUGAAUGCAAUGCCUAUAAGUGAUUUGUUCAUCGCGCAGCGAUACCAUAAUAAUGAUACGAUACAAUGGAAACUUUUCGAUGCAUAUAAAUUGAACUAUGGAUAUGACAUUGAAAUUACUGAAAAUGGUGUAAUCGAAGCAAUUACAAAUAUGAAUGGUCUGAUAGUAUCUGCGGCUAAUUUCUCAUACACACGGCGACAAAAUCUUAAAGGAAUCAACAUUACUUGCGGUUUAGUGAUGGAAUAUCCAGAACGAUUGACUAGUUUUGAUAACCCAUCGGACACUCAUGUUGAUGUCUUUACGAAAGGUUCAAUCAAUUUGGGAAGAAACCUUCGUGAGAAUAUGAAUUUCAGUUGUCUUAUGCAUCUGGCGAAAAUGGGGUGGUCAGAAAAUGAUACUUUCGAUGGAAUAACGAGCUUGUUUCAGAAGAAUCAAAUCCAAAUGACAAUGCAUGGCGUUAUCAUGAGAUCGGAGCAAUUGUUAUAUGCAGAAUUUGCUGGCGACAUAUUCACGCCAAGAACACCUUUAAUAUUUCGUCAGCCAUCAUUAUCAACCGUUGCAAAUAUUUUCGUGUUGCCGCUGGGGAUAGACAUUUGGAUUUGUAUUUUUAUUCUGAUGUUAGUUGUUUUCGUUAUCAUGAUGCUUCAGUUGAUGCAUCAUCCCAUUCUGAAGAAAAUGUCCAUCACCGCAUUUGACAUUGCGACAUUCAUUUUGGGAGCGGUGUGUCAACAGGGUACUCACUUACACAUACCAACAACUUCCGGCCGUUUUGUCGUAUUGACCACAUUUUCUGCUACUUUGGCUUUGUUUACAUCGUAUUCAGCGAGUAUUGUUGCACUCUUACAAAGUCCAAGUGAUUUUAUCAGCAGCCUUGAUGAUUUGAUUGCAUCGCCUUUGAAGGUUGGUAUGUAUGAAGCCGAUUAUGCACGGUAUAUGGUGCAUGCCAAGUAUACAGGCGUAAUGGAUGUUUAUGACAAAAAAGUAUUGCCACAAGGUGAAAAAGGGUGGAUUGAUGAUCCAUUUGUUGGCAUUGAACGAGUUCGAACCGAAUUGUUUGCAUUUCAAGUGGACAGUCCAUCUGCUUAUAGGGCAAUCAGUGAAACAUUUGCCGAGUCGGAGAAAUGUGGUAUAAAGGAAAUUCAAAUGAUCGUUUUGCCAACAACAACAAUACUGGUGGAACGCAAUAGCGGCUACAAUGAAUUGAUAAGGCAAAGAAUUAAAUGGCAAAAGGAAAUCGGACUGAUGAAGCGAGACGAACUUCGAUGGAUACCAACGAAACCAGAUUGUAAAGGUGGUCUAAGCGGUUUCGUGACAGUUGGCUUGAAUGAAAUUAAACCAGCUGUCAUUUUGAUGUUAUUUGGAUAUGGAUUAUCUUUACUGGUUCUGGGCGUUGAGAUUUUAUUUCGCAACAUGCGAUGCAAAAAUCAGAAGAAACCAAACACACCAUUUUCUUAUUGAUUUAUUAUUUAUUUCUUUCUUUCUUUU